GAGAGAGCCCCGUGCUCCAGGGGCUUAGUACCGUUCAAAGAUGCAGGCUGCUGAGAUGAUGCGUGGUACCAGGACCGUCUACGAUCUUGUGUUUCUAAUAUCUCUCUCGAUUGCUUAUGUCCAUUCCUAUCCACUCCAAGUAUUACCUGUCAUCCCAGGCUAUAUUCCGGUUUAUAUACGGCAUGGUGAUCAACCAUUGGAGGAAAUAAAUCCUGCCUUAGCCGAGGCAUUUCACGAAGGACCAAGCUUAUCCAAGAAAACCGAUUUAGAUAAUACUUCUGAUUUUCCGGCUAUUAUUCUUGAGGAAGGCGAAAUUAAUAAGUACAACGUUCACCCUGUAAAAAUUAGACAAAUGAGCAGUCCUUUUAAUCCUAAAGAUGAAAAGAAUAGCAAAUUAACAGAGGGCGAUGUAAAAAGACAUCGAGAGAAACACGUAAAGAAAAUAAUUGCUUCAAAACCUGUGGUUAAAGUUAAUCCAUUAACUGAAGAAGAAAAAGCAGAUCUUGAAAACUUACGAACUGAUAUCGGGGAAGGAAUAAAAAAUUUAGAUAAUAUACAUGAUUCCAAUUUGCAUCUUUUAACAUCGACUUUGGAUAAAUCGAAUCAGGAAACUAACGAACGAAUUUCUAGUGGAACUAAAUUGAACGAUCGAAUCAUCACCGACGAUUCAUCGUCAAUAUCUAAGGAUCUUGCGCAACAUCUUACUGAAGAAAGUCAUCCGACAACUCAACUCACGAUAAAUGAUAAACCACCUGUCAAGGAACAACCACUUUCGAAUGUUUCGUCCAAUGUUCAAAAAACAACCCAUUCAUCAAAAACGUUACCGACACCAGAAGAAGGACGAACAGAGAAUCGAUCUAGGAAAUUCGAAGUGAAGAUGAUAAUAUGAUCGGACUUAAGAUGAUAAGAUGAUAAUAUAGCAUUUAUAGUGAGAUUUAUUUAUAGCAAUAUGAACAAUGUAGAAUUAUGUGAUAAAACUUGUCCAAUGGAUUUUAAGAUUCAAAUGUUUAUUGUCAAGUGUUACAAAUCGAAUUACAAUAUUGUGUACUAUGCAUUGUCGAUCUACAAGAAUACGUCAUGCCUAUUAUGCUCGAAUAAAGAUAUUUUAAAGAUAGGAUACAAAAUAAAA